CAGCCAGGCGUCGUGUGAACAGCUGCUUGUACCGAAGGCUGAGGUGGAACCGGAGCGGUGAGGGGUGGGUCGGACGCCGAGGUGGCAGGUCCGGGGGCCGCCGGGGCUUAGGGAGACUUAGGGACCGGAUUCCGGGACACGGAAGGCGUAGCAGGUGGUUUAAGGGGUAGCGAUUCGGGCUCACGCUUGCCAGAAUCAGGCUGCCGGAAGUGCGCUAAGGGAUUUUUCUUCUCCCCGGGAACCGGCGGGGAAACCGAGGCAGGGGCGGGGCUCCGGUGUGGGGGACGCACUGAGGCCGCCGUCUUUUCCUGCAAGAGCAGAAGAUGUCGGACAGUGAGGACAGUAACUUCUCCGAGGAGGAGGACAGCGAGCGCAGCAGUGACGGCGAGGAGGCCGAGGUAGAGGAAGAGCGGCGGAGUGUAGCAGGCAGUGAGAAGGAGGAAGAGCCCGAGGAGGAAGAGGAGGAGGAAGAGGAGGAAGAAUAUGAUGAGGAAGAGGAAGAGGAAGAUGAUGACCGGCCUCCCAAGAAACCCCGCCAUGGCGGCUUCAUCCUGGACGAGGCUGAUGUGGACGACGAGUAUGAGGACGAGGACCAGUGGGAGGACGGAGCAGAGGACAUUCUAGAGAAGGCCUCCAAUAUCGAUAAUGUUGUCCUGGAUGAAGACCGUUCUGGCGCUCGCCGCCUACAAAACCUCUGGAGGGACCAGCGAGAGGAGGAACUGGGCGAGUACUACAUGAAGAAAUAUGCCAAGUCAUCUGUGGGAGAGACGGUGUACGGAGGAUCCGAUGAGCUCUCUGAUGACAUCACCCAGCAGCAGCUGCUCCCGGGAGUCAAGGAUCCAAAUCUGUGGACUGUCAAGUGUAAGAUUGGGGAGGAACGGGCCACAGCCAUUUCCUUGAUGCGCAAGUUCAUUGCCUACCAGUUCACAGACACGCCCCUGCAGAUUAAGUCAGUGGUGGCGCCAGAGCACGUGAAGGGCUACAUCUACGUGGAGGCCUACAAGCAGACGCACGUGAAGCAGGCCAUCGAGGGCGUGGGCAACCUGCGGCUCGGCUACUGGAACCAGCAGAUGGUGCCCAUCAAGGAAAUGACAGAUGUGCUCAAAGUCGUGAAGGAGGUGGCCAACCUGAAGCCAAAAUCCUGGGUCCGCCUCAAGAGGGGCAUCUAUAAGGACGACAUUGCCCAGGUGGAUUACGUGGAGCCCAGCCAAAACACCAUCUCCUUGAAGAUGAUCCCACGCAUCGACUACGACCGCAUCAAGGCCCGCAUGAGCUUGAAAGACUGGUUUGCCAAAAGGAAGAAGUUUAAGCGACCUCCACAGAGGCUGUUUGAUGCCGAGAAGAUCAGGUCCCUGGGCGGCGAUGUUGCCUCCGAUGGUGACUUCCUCAUCUUCGAGGGGAACCGUUACAGCCGGAAGGGCUUUCUGUUCAAGAGCUUUGCCAUGUCUGCUGUGAUCACGGAGGGUGUAAAGCCCACACUGUCUGAGCUAGAGAAGUUUGAGGACCAGCCGGAGGGCAUUGACCUUGAGGUGGUGACUGAGAGCACAGGGAAGGAGCGAGAACACAACUUCCAGCCUGGGGACAACGUGGAGGUGUGUGAGGGCGAGCUCAUCAACCUGCAGGGCAAGAUCCUCAGCGUGGACGGCAACAAGAUCACCAUCAUGCCCAAGCACGAGGACCUUAAGGACAUGCUGGAGUUCCCAGCCCAGGAACUUCGGAAGUACUUUAAGAUGGGGGACCACGUGAAGGUGAUUGCUGGCCGAUUCGAGGGUGACACGGGCCUCAUUGUGCGAGUGGAGGAGAACUUUGUUAUUCUGUUCUCUGACCUCACCAUGCAUGAGCUAAAGGUGCUUCCCCGGGACCUGCAGCUCUGCUCAGAGACGGCAUCGGGUGUGGAUGUGGGGGGCCAGCAUGAGUGGGGGGAGCUGGUGCAGCUGGAUCCCCAGACCGUGGGUGUCAUCGUGCGGCUAGAGCGGGAGACCUUCCAGGUGCUGAACAUGUAUGGGAAGGUGGUGACCGUCCGGCACCAGGCUGUGACCCGGAAGAAGGACAACCGCUUUGCCGUGGCCCUGGACUCAGAACAGAAUAACAUCCACGUGAAAGACAUCGUCAAGGUCAUUGACGGCCCCCACUCAGGCCGGGAGGGCGAGAUUCGCCAUCUCUUCCGCAGCUUCGCCUUCCUGCAUUGCAAGAAGCUGGUGGAGAAUGGGGGCAUGUUUGUCUGCAAGACGCGCCACCUCGUCCUGGCAGGGGGCUCGAAGCCCCGAGAUGUGACCAACUUCACCGUGGGUGGCUUUGCCCCUAUGAGCCCCCGGAUCAGCAGCCCCAUGCACCCCAGUGCUGGAGGUCAGCGCGGUGGCUUUGGCAGCCCUGGUGGCGGCGGCGGCGGCAUGAGCAGGGGCCGAGGGCGGAGAGACAACGAACUCAUAGGCCAGACUGUGCGCAUCUCCCAAGGGCCCUACAAAGGCUACAUUGGUGUGGUGAAGGAUGCCACUGAGUCCACGGCCCGUGUCGAGCUGCACUCCACCUGCCAGACCAUCUCUGUGGACCGUCAGCGGCUCACUACGGUGGGCUCACGGCGCCCAGGUGGCAUGACCUCCACCUAUGGGCGGACACCCAUGUAUGGCUCCCAGACACCCAUGUAUGGCUCUGGCUCCCGCACACCCAUGUACGGCUCCCAGACACCUCUCCAGGAUGGCAGCCGUACCCCGCAUUACGGUUCACAGACACCCCUGCAUGACGGCAGCCGCACUCCUGCUCAGAGUGGGGCUUGGGACCCCAACAACCCUAACACGCCGUCACGGGCUGAGGAAGAAUACGAGUAUGCCUUCGACGAUGAGCCCACCCCGUCCCCACAGGCCUAUGGGGGCACCCCCAACCCCCAAACACCUGGCUAUCCCGACCCCUCAUCCCCUCAGGUCAACCCGCAGUACAACCCACAGACGCCCGGGACGCCGGCCAUGUACAACACAGACCAGUUCUCCCCCUACGCCGCCCCCUCCCCGCAAGGCUCCUACCAGCCCAGCCCCAGCCCCCAGAGCUACCACCAGGUGGCGCCAAGCCCAGCGGGCUACCAGAACACCCACUCUCCAGCCAGCUACCACCCCACUCCCUCACCCAUGGCCUACCAGGCCAGCCCCAGUCCGAGCCCUGUUGGCUACAGUCCGAUGACACCCGGAGCCCCCUCCCCUGGUGGCUACAACCCGCACACGCCAGGCUCAGGCAUCGAGCAGAACUCUAGUGACUGGGUAACCACUGACAUCCAGGUGAAGGUGCGGGACACCUACCUGGACACACAGGUGGUGGGGCAGACAGGAGUCAUCCGCAGCGUCACAGGAGGCAUGUGCUCUGUGUACCUGAAGGACAGCGAGAAGGUUGUCAGCAUCUCCAGUGAGCACCUGGAGCCCAUCACCCCCACCAAGAACAACAAGGUGAAGGUGAUCCUGGGUGAGGACCGGGAGGCCACAGGCGUCCUGUUGAGCAUCGAUGGGGAGGACGGCAUCGUGCGCAUGGACCUUGAUGAGCAGCUCAAGAUCCUCAACCUCCGCUUCCUGGGGAAGCUCCUGGAGGCCUAGGGGACGCAGGGCGGAUAGACUUUGGCAGAUACCUGGCAGAUGGAGAGUGUCCCUCCUUCCUUCCCUGGCCCUUGGCUCUGACACAGGAUCUGGGGCCCGGACCAGGGCUAAUAUGAUUGUUCAGGAUUUCCUUUAUUUUCUUUUCUGAGUUCCUAGUUUCCUCACUGACAUUCUUGGGAAUCAGAGUAGAGUCUGGGGGAGGGUUCCCACCUUCUUGUACCCUCCCUUCCCCAGCUUGCUUUUGUGUUACGGUCUUUCAAUAAAAAGCUGUUUGGUCAAAA